CGGCUGAGUUGGUGAACCAAUUCCACGCUUUGAUCCUCCUCUGGAUAGCACAAACACCGAACACCCGAAGAAGAAAACGAGUCGUCGCCACUCUUCGAAAACCAAAAGCGGCCCAAUCGCCGGAGCUUCCAAUGGCGGCGGCGGCGGCCAUGGUUGCUUCCAGAACUUUCCUCCUCUCCCGUCCGAAGCUUCUGGACCAUUCCAGAAUCUUCCACCGCUGGUCGAGGCCCCCCUCCUUCCUCAUCCUCCGCCGCUGCCGCGUCUCCUCCUCCUCCCACCCCGCCCCAUCGGCCUCGCUCGAGGCCGAGGAGAAGUUCCCCAACGUGGUCCACGUCCUUCGAGAGCGUGGCCUCGUCGAGUCCCUGACCAGCGAAACCCUAAGGUGCGCGUGCUCCCACCCUAGUGUUAAUCCCCUCACGGUUUACUGCGGAUUCGAUCCGACGGCGGAGAGCUUGCACCUUGGGAACCUUCUAGGUAUCAUCGUCCUCUCCUGGUUCCAGCGGUGCGGCCACAAGGCCGUGGCGGUGAUCGGCGGCGCCACCGGCCGCGUCGGAGACCCCUCCGGCAAGAGCAUCGAGCGCCCGGAGCUCGAUCUCGGCACCUUGGAGAAGAACAGUGAGGGAAUUAAGAGUAUAAUAGCCAAAAUCCUUGGUAGAAACGCUGGGCAUUCUUCUUUGGGUGUCGGCAGCGAGAAUGGUGGCAAAGAUGCAAUUUUGAGUUCGAGUUCGAUGAAAACUACGGACUCUUUCGUUAUUUUGAACAACUAUGAUUGGUGGAAGGACAUCACGUUGUUGGAAUUCCUUAGAGAUGUAGGAAGGUUUGCUAGGGUUGGGGCAAUGAUGGCCAAGGAGAGUGUGAAGAAGAGAUUAGCCUCAGAGGAUGGGAUGAGUUACACGGAAUUCACUUAUCAGCUACUGCAGGGCUAUGAUUUUCUCUACCUGUUUAAGAACAUGGGUGUAAAUGUUCAAAUCGGCGGAAGCGAUCAGUGGGGAAACAUAACUGCAGGAACUGAGUUGAUUCGAAAGAUACUUCAAAUUGAGGGGGCCUAUGGAUUGACAUUUCCCCUUUUGCUAAAGAGUGAUGGGACUAAGUUUGGCAAAUCCGAAGGGGGUGCGAUUUGGCUGUCCCCUUCGAUGCUCUCUCCUUAUAAAUUUUACCAGUACUUCUUCUCGGUUCCGGAUGUAGAUGUCGUAAGGUUCUUAAAAAUGUUAACUUUUUUGAGUGUAGAUGAGAUUAAAGAAUUAGAGGAGGGGAUGAAGAAGCCUGAUUAUGUUCCUAAUAGUGUUCAAAGAAGGCUUGCUGAAGAGGUUACUCGAUUUGUUCACGGCGAGGAGGGGCUGAGAGAAGCAUUAAUGGCUACGGAAGCAUUAAGGCCCGGUGCAGAGACCGAGUUAGAUUCAGAAAUGUUUGAGAAAAUAGCCGAGGACGUUCCGUCGUGUACUUUGGCUUAUGACCAGGUGUUAAACUCUUCAUUGGUCGAUCUAACAGUCUCUAUUGGCUUACUUGCAAGUAAGUCGGCUGUGAGACGCAUGAUGAAGCAAGGCGGCCUUUAUUUGAAUAAUAGGAGGAUUGAUAAGGAGGAAAAGACGGUUGAAGCGAGUGACAUAGUUGAUGGAAAAGUCUUGUUAUUGUCUGCUGGAAAGAAGAAUAAGAUGGUUAUAAGGAUAUCUUGAUCCUUCUUCGUCACUAAUGUUGAACUAUAUUUUGGUUGACACUUUGUCCAUGUAUCAUUUGCUAUUUAUCUGAACGAAUAAGUACAUGCCCGCAAGUUAAGAAUUUAGGUACUUGCUGUAUUUUUUGGGGGUAAUUAUUGAAGAAAAUGUGCACCGGUUUCGUAUGACUCUUUUGCUGAAUCAAUAACUUGUCAUUCUUUCUUAUAUUUGUUUUGCCGUGUUCCUAUGUAACAAAAAUAGCUUUCUGCUUCUUAUUCUAAUCUCUUAUAUGUCU